UCAUACCCGGAAGUACGGUGAUGCAGAAACGCAGACAGUCGGCUUAUUUACCUUUAUUCAAAACAGGCUUGCGAGCUAGUUACUGUUAAAAUGGCAACAUAUAGGAUUUCUGCAUGUAUUUGCCUUCGUUAAGAUGGCUGGUUAGGUUUCAAAUCGUUUCACGACCAGUAAAUUGUUCAACUGACGUGAGUGACUUCGAGCUGAUGUGAACGCAGAAGAACAACGAUCAAUAACAUGUCGGCAGAAUUCACUCUUCCCGGUUCUGACCGACCCAUAAUGGACGAGGAUGAUGUUAACAACCAGCCCAGCCCGUCCCCAUCCCACAGCCCCCCUGCGUCAGGAGAACCUGAUCAAGAGGACCAAACAGAACCAACCAAAACCUUUUCUCACGGUUGUCUGGACUGUGGGAAAGAGUUUUCUCGCCCAUGUGACCUGGUGAGACACCAGAGAGUACACACAGGGGAGAAGCCAUACCCCUGUCCUGACUGUGGCAAGAGGUUCGCCCACUCAGGAGGCCUCCGAAAACACGAGAGGAUACACUCCGGAGAGAAGCCUCACUCCUGCUCCGUGUGUGAGAAGAGCUUCACCCAGAAGGGAAGUCUUAGAGUCCACCUACGGACACACACGGGGGAGAGACCUUAUUCUUGCUCCGUCUGUGGCAAGAGUUACACCCAAAAUGAAUUUUUGAAAGUGCACCAGCGAACACACACGGGAGAGAGGCCCCACUCCUGUUCUGUGUGUGGCAGGGGCUUUGCUCAGAUAGGCAACCUGAAGAAACACCAACGGAUUCACACCGGGGAGAAGCCUUACCAGUGCCCGGAGUGUGGAGCCAGUUUCACCCAGAAGGACAGCCUGAAGAUGCAUCAGAGGUCUCACACGGGAGAGAAACCUUGCGUCUGCCCCGAGUGCGGGAAGGGUUUCCGCGACAACGGGCACCUGAAAGUCCACUUGAGAGUGCAUACAGGGGAGAAGCCGUACUCCUGCCCCGACUGUGGGAGACGGUUCAGCCAGGCAGACAUCCUGAAGAGACACCAGAUGGUGCACACAGGGGAGAAGCCGUACUCCUGCGCCCUGUGUGGGAGGAGGUUCGCCCAGCCUGGCACUCUGAAGUACCACCUCCGGACCCACGCAAGAGAGAACCAGACAGGGGGGCCUCAAUGCUGCCCAGUGUGUGGACAGGACCUCCCUACAGAGCAGGCUCUGAGAAAACACCUACAGGCACACAUGGGGGAGGACCUCGGUCACAACGGGGGACAGGAAGACAGGGAGGAGGAAGUUGGUGGUCUGAUCAAUUCUGAUGGAGAGGACGUUGGCUGGGACCCUUCUCAUCUUAGUGAGAGUCCUGUCCAUGGCUCUGGUAGUGAAGGAGGAAGUCCCCCUAAAUCACACAUCAACAAGGAUCCUGGUCACCAAUCCAGCACCAAAGCUAUAGAGUCCCAGGGUCCCGAUCCACGACAUGAGGAGGACAUCACUCAAACACCUGGGAUGAACAUUCAUAUUGUAGACGAGGGGAAGGAGGAAGUAAAAGAGGAGGAUGAAGUUGGUGAUUUCAUCAAUUCUGAAGGAGAAGAAUUUAACUGGGAUUCUGUUCAACAUAGUAAGUGGAGGUAGAACUCUGUUCUUUAGUUGACUGGGGUUCUGUUCAACAUAGUAAGUGGAGGUAGAACUCUGUUCUUUAGUUGACUGGGGUUCUGUUCAACAUAGUAAGUGGAGGCAGAACACUGUUCUUUAGUUGACUGGGGUUCUGUUCAACAUAGUAAGUGGAGGCAGAACACUGUUCUUUAGUUGACUGGGAUUCUGUUCAACAUAGUAAGUGGAGGUAGAACACUGUUCUUUAGUUGACUGGGGUUCUGUUCAAUAUAGUAAGUGGAGGUAGAACUCUGUUCUUUAGUUGACUGGGGUUCUGUUCAACAUAGUAAGUGGAGGCAGAACACUGUUCUUUAGUUGACUGGGGUUCUGUUCAACAUAGUAAGUGGAGGCAGAACACUGUUCUUUAGUUGACUGGGAUUCUGUUCAACAUAGUAAGUGGAGGUAGAACACUGUUCUUUAGUUGACUGGGGUUCUGUUCAAUAUAGUAAGUGGAGGUAGAACUCUGUUCUUUAGUUGACUGGGGUUCUGUUCAACAUAGUAAGUGGAGGCAGAACACUGUUCUUUAGUUGACUGGGGUUCUGUUCAACAUAGUAAGUGGAGGCAGAACACUGUUCUUUAGUUGACUGGGAUUCUGUUCAACAUAGUAAGUGGAGGCAGAACACUGUUCUUUAGUUGACUGGGGUUCUGUUCAACAUAUUAAGUGGAGGUAGAACACUGUUCUUUAGUUGACUGGGGUUCUGUUCAACAUAGUAAGUGGAGGCAGAACACUGUUCUUUAGUUGACUGGGGUUCUGUUCAACAUAGUAAGUGGAGGCAGAAUACUGUUCUUUAGUUGACUGGGGUUCUGUUCAACAUAUUAAGUGGAGGUAGAACACUGUUCUUUAGUUGA